AUGCCGCUCAACGCCAAAGCUGUCUACGGCAGAGCCGAGGCGGACCUGGUCCCCUUCGCCAGCCGGCGCAGCACCGUCCACAGCCGAAAUGGCAUCGUGUCAUGCACUCAGCCGCUGGCCGCUGCAGCGGGUCAACGAAUUCUCAGCCAGGGUGGAAACGCAGCAGACGCAGCCGUGGCCGUGGCUGCCGCAAUCAACAUGACGGAGCCAGGCUCGACUGGAAUCGGAGGCGACAUGUUCUGCCUUUUCUACGACUCCAAGACCAAGAAGGUUCAUGCAAUGAAUGGAUCGGGUCGAUACCCAGGCGCCGCGAGCCUGGAGCAGGUGCGCAAAGACCUGAACAUCGCCCCCUCCGAGCAGGGAAGCAUUCCCAUGCUAAGUGCCCUCGCCUCGACUACCCCCGGAGCGCCUGCCGGUUGGGUGGAUACCGUGGAGAAAUUCGGUAGCGGCAAGUUGUCGAUGGAGCAGAUUCUACAACCGGCCAUUGACCUGGGCGAAGAGGGAUUCCCAGUGUCGGAGCUCUCGUCUCGGGGAUGGCAAGAAGCUGAAAAUGACAUCCGCAACGCAUCUCCCAACUUCCGUGAGAUGCUCAAGAAUGACCCCUCCGCCAAGGACGGUGUACGCAGCCCGCGCCCGGGGGAGAUCAUGAAGAACCCUACACUGGCAAGGACCUUCCGCACUCUGGCAGCGGAGGGAAAGAAGGGCUUCUACCAGGGUCGAAUCGCCCAGGAGAUCGUGAAGGUGGUGAAGGAUCUGGGUGGAUAUAUGACACUGGAAGAUCUGGCCUACCAUGCCGAGGUCGGCACUCAAGAGGUCGAUGCCAUUUCUCUGAAAUUCACCGGUCAAGACAUCGUGCCCAAGCAAGGUGCCGGAACAGACGGUCCCAACCAGGGUGUUGAGAUCUGGGAGCACCCACCAAACGGCCAGGGCAUCGUCGCCCUGAUGGCGCUGGGAAUCAUGGAAGAGCUUGAGCGAAGUGGAAAGAUCCCACGGUUCAGUGAAGCGCAGCAUAACUCGGCGGAGUAUCUCCAUGCAGUGAUUGAAAGCUUGCGGAUUGCUUUUGCCGAUGCCGCCUGGUGGGUGACCGACCCCGACGUGGAGCAAGUGCCAUCGCAAGGUUUACUGGCGCGCGAAUACCUGGCCGAGCGAGCCAAGCUGUUCGCCCCCGAGCGCGCAGCCGAUCUGUUGGACCACGGCAGCCCGGCACAUAAUCACUGCGACACCGUCUACUUUGCCGUGACCGAUCGUGAAGGCAACGGCAUUUCCUUCAUUAACAGCAACUACGCCGGCUUCGGAACGGCUAUCAUCCCCGCUGGAUGCGGCUUCACUCUGCAGAACCGCGGCGCCAACUUCUCGCUUCAGCCCGGUCAUCCCAAUGCACUGGCACCGCGCAAGCGGCCAUACCACACCAUUAUCCCGGCACUUAUUACCAAUGUGGCCGAUGGAUCCCUGCACUCCGUGUAUGGAGUCAUGGGUGGCUUUAUGCAGCCCCAGGGUCAUGUUCAGGUUCUGCUCAACAUGCUCGCGUUCGGAUAUCACCCCCAGGCAGCCCUGGACUCUCCACGUAUCUGCAUUGCUGCACCUACAUCCGACAGCACAGACCGCACGAUUUACGUCGAGGAAGGAAUAAGCGAACAGGCUGUGGAGGGCCUGCGCCGUCUGGGCCAUAAGAUCGAGGUGCUUUCAGGCUGGAAGCGCUCCAUGUUUGGUCGGGGCCAGAUCAUUCGUUUGCACUACGAUGAAGGACAGCAGGUAUACAGCGCUGGAUGUGACCCCAGAGGUGACGGAAUGGCAUUCCCCAUGCUUUAA